UCUAGAAACUCUGGAUUAUUUCAUUGGCAUUGUAUUACAGAGCCUGUUAUUUGCAGACCCUAGCUCUGAUUUCUUGCUGUUUCAACAACAGAACAACAAUACCUUCCUUAUUGUUACAUUGAUAUUUUGGUCAGUAGUUCAAUGCUCAAUAUUACUGAUACUUGCUGGCCCUGUACACCAUCUGAACCAUUAUAUGCGCGAUGCUAAAUUCAGAGCUGCGGCAUAGAUUCUGUGUGGUGUCCAACGGUGACAUAUGCAGUGCUCUUUACUGUUCCUUCAGGAACGCUCUAAACGAAAUGAAGCUACUGUACGUUUUAGCAGUAACUGGGAGAAAAGUCGGUUCUACCCUUGUUGAGUUGAGCAUGCGCUGCACAAGGAAGGGAAAUCUGGUCAUUUUCACUUGAUUCAUUUCUACGGCCUUAUACUUGUUCAGCUUAGUGCAGGAGCUGGUCGCGUCAGAUAAACAAGAGAAAAGUCGUUCCUGCCCUUGGUCUUAGUGAGAUGAACGGUGGCUCUAUAUAAGGCAGGGCAAUCAAGUCACUUGGACCUGUCUCUCAAACCGCAACUGCUUCCCUCCAAUUUCCUUCCGAACCCGACAGGCGACACGAAGGUAACCGCCCCCGAGCUCCUCAUCGUCUCGCUCUCUGCUACCCUGUUCGCAGCUCGGGCUCUCCAGUGGAGGCCAUGGAGGGGGAGCUCGGGUACCUGUCGCCUGCGGCGUCGUCCUGCGUCUCCUCCGAGGGCUUCGGCUCGUCGCCGCGGGAGAAGCUGCUCGACUCCACUCCCUCGUCGCACGUAUCCGACGGCCGCAGCAAGGGAGGCCUGCUCCGUUCGCCCACAUGGGGGCCAUCACCGACGGGGACGCAGCUCCACCCGCCCUCAUCGUGCGUCUCCGAGGGCCGCUACGUCUCUCCGCUCCGCAUGUCGGCGGAGCAAGCGAGCGAGGUGCGGGAGGCGGAGAGGCUCCUCCGCGCGAUCGCCGACCGCUACGACGACUGCUUCCUGCGCCUGCGCGACGCCACGGCCGAGGUCGCUGACCUCCGCCUCGAGCGCCUCCGCCUCAGAGCGGAGAACACGCACCUGUCUCUCCUCCUCGAGGAGCUCGAGGCCGAUCAGGGGAAGCGGGCGAUCGCGCCGGCUCCGACACCACCGCCGAAGCCGACGGAGGAGGUAGCAGCACGCGGGGGCGCGCCGAAGAGCAUCUCCAUCCGUUCCAAGUGCUACCUCUCGCAGGCGAAGCAGCCGCGGGGCGAGGCAGAGGCGCAGCGCCUCCGUGUUCGUCCGCCUCCUGCGAUCGAGGCAGGGGAGGACGAGGCGAAUGGGGAUGGAGAAGUGGUGGAGCUGGAGGCGUACAGGCAGGGCACCCAGAAGACGGAGCUGUGCAACAAGUGGGAGGGCGGCGCCUGCUCCUACGGCGGCCGGUGCCGGUUCGCGCACGGCCUGCAGGAGAUGCGCCCCGUCAUCCGCCACCCGCGCUACAAGACCCUCCCCUGCCAGAUGUUCUCUGCCGCCUCUGGCUGCCCCUACGGCCACCGCUGCCACUUCCGUCACUCGCCAGCGCCCACCGCCCAGUCCUACUAGUCCGCCGCCGCGGCCACCAACACCAACUGCUCGUCGUCUCCUACUGCCGUGUAAUGACAUCCUUUCCUCCGACCUGCCUUCCUCCCCUCAUUGCCUGCGCGCAUGUCUGAUGUCUUCACCAGGGACUGCUUGCGUGUCAUAGAAUCAGUAGUAGCAUUACGCAUUGAGCUCAUUUAAUCAGUAGCUUAAAGUUUUAAAACAGUUACUAAAAUCAGUUAAUCAGUAGCUUUUUUAUAGAAGAGUUAAAAUCAGUAGCUUAUAGUAAAAUAAAGCGAUCUGCUGGUUCAGGGCAGGAAAACAGUAGUGGCAGUGUCUUGCUGGUUCAGGGCAGGAAAACAGUAGUGGCAGUGUCUAGCCACUGAUGGGCCAAAUGGGCCGUGCAUGACUUGUGUGAGCGUUGGGGGAAAAAGCUACUGCAAGUGUAUCGUCGGUUCGUCAUUAUCUUGUUGAUCAGAACUAACCCACAUAAGCUUUGUAUAUAUGGUGGAUGGAUAUUGAACUAGGCCCAGCAUGCCCAACAUUUAUAUGCCGAAGUGUUUUAUGUUUCGAGAAAGCUGUUUUCCGACCGAUUCUUUUAAAAAAGCUAUUUUCCGACCGUUCUGAUCUUUAUAGAUCCGAACGGUCUGGAUGUCAUCGAUUUUCGAUCGUGCGGUCUCGCACGAGCCUCCCAUAAUUCUGAUUUCAAUUGCGGAUUUAUUAAUUGACCCGAUUUAGUCUCAUGACUCUUAAUUAGCACGACUUAAUUACACCAUAUCUUAAUUGGCAUGAUCAAUGGGGUCCUAAUUACGUGUACUGCCAUUUAAAGCUAUCUUUUUGUUUUAAGUAAAAGAGUUAAUUACACCUAUGAUACACGAACUUGUACGGUGUGUACAAAUUCAUACAACAACUUGCAAGAUGACACAAAUUGAUCAUAUAACUUGAGUUUCGGGGACAUUUCAGUACAAUUUGGUCACUUACCGUUAGUGCUCCGUUACAUUCGUCUACAUUGCACGCUAGCGUGGCGCCAGGCCCACACUCUCCUUUAUCAUAACGCGGGUCCAUCCUGUCAGCCACUGGGAGAAAUUAGUUUUAACUAAACAAUGUUCUGACCAGGUUUCGAGCCAGAGACGUCCGCGCAAAUUCCACCUGUUUUGUUUCUGUUAAACAAUGAUCCAAAGUUAUCUAUAUCCUUUUAGGCUGUGUACGCUGCUUUCUUUUUCAUUAUGUAUUUUUUUCACUGGUAAUGUCCGCUGUUUUUCUCUUUUUUUUGCCGGUAGUGUACACUGCUUUCUCAAUGCAUAUAUAUUUUGGAUUUUUUAGAUACAUACAUAUGGCAUUUGAGAAACGGACUCCACAUAAGUUUUCACAUUUUUUUUGAUUUUUUUUAAAAAUUUCUAAAUAUGCUUUCUGAUUUUUUAAAGGCUCCAACAAGCCCGUCAACCACAUUUUUUUUUGUGAUAUAGGCAGACUGGUAGAGUUAACGGACCAUUUGACGGUGAGUAAACGAAAUGUAUGAAAAUGUUUCCAAAACUCAAGUUAGUGGAUUAAUUUGUGUCAUUUUUCAAGUUGUUGUAUGAAUCUGUACAUACCGUGCAAGUUUGUGUACUAUAGGUAUAAUUAUCUCUAAGGUAAAAAAAACUGUGCAUGGGACAG